GUUUUAUUUGUUUGUUUUUGCUGUGCAAGUAGCUGCGACUUGUGUAAUAUUGUUUAGAUUUUGGAUUGGAAAAUCUGUUUAUUUCAGAAUUGUAUGCAUCCAUUUGAAAAGUAGAGAUGCAUGAUCGCAGUGAACAUGAACCAUUUUCUAAUCCACUACCUCCAUCUGAGCAUAAUGCUCGAAAUGAGGAAAACCAGAGUCACCACCCUAUGACUAAUGAUGAUUUUAGAAAGCUGUUAAUGACACCUCGAGCUCCACCUCAUACAGCUGCCCAACCUGCAACAGAGGAAACCCAUUCUCAUCCUCCAACCAAGAAAGCUGAAAGUGAAUCUGAUGAAGAAGCUGGAGGUACUACUGAUGAUAGAGCUGAAAGAAGAAAAAGAAAGAAAAAAUAUUAUGCCAGUUUAAAUAAACAACAAGAAGAUAAGUUAGCUGAGCUUGCCCAAAGGUAUAGGGACAGGGCUAAAGAACGAAGAGAUGGUGCAAAUCCAGAUUAUCAGAAUGAAGAUCCAAUAACUUCUGCUGCUGGUUAUCGUGCUGUUGCUCCAGAUGCUAAAUCGGGUUUAGAUGCUGCUGAACGUAGAAGGCAAAUGAUUCAAGAAUCUAAAUUCUUGGGUGGUGAUAUGGAACAUACUCACUUGGUGAAAGGUCUUGAUUAUGCUCUUUUACAGAAAGUGCGCAGUGAAAUAAAUUACAAAGAAAAAGAAGAGGAAGAACUGGAGCAUCUUCUUAUGAAACAUAAAGACAAAGGAGAAGAGGAAGAGAUACAGUUCAAAACAAAACUUGGAAAAAACAUUUAUCGUCAAGUUUUCAAAAAUAGGUAUCCAGAAAAAAGUGAACUUUUUCUUCCAAACAGGAUGGCUUACGUAAUUGAUUUGGAAGAUGAGUAUGCUGAAAGUGAUAUCCCUACUACUCUUCUAAGAAGCAAAGCAGAUUGUCCAAGUUUUGAGUCUCAGACAACCCUAACAACUAAUGACAUUGUGAUAAAAAAAUUGACGCAAGUUUUGUCUUAUUUACGACAAGGCUUACAUAAUAAAAAGGCCAAAAAGAAAGAUAAAGGAAAACUGAAAGAAGAUGAUGGAAAACGGCCUAAACUUGCUGAUGACAGUAUAUUUGGAGAUAUUGGUGACUAUGUACCAUCUUUUGAAAAAAAAGACAAAACAAAACCAGAGAAGAAUGCAGAUGCUGAUAAAAAGAAAUCAUACUUUGAAAAACCCAGGACUGAUGAUGAAAAACGGCGAGAAGACAAAAGAGACAGAGUUAAUGAAUGGGAUACAAUUAAUAUGGAUAAAAUAGACUUUGGUGAAAGUGGAUCAAAAGAUAAGCUUUUGCUUGGUGCUCUUAAGGGAGAUGAUAGUCGAUUGAAAGCGAAAUUGACAAGUAAACUUGAAAGAGAUAUGCCUGAAAGUUAUGCUGAGUGUUAUCCUGGUGCUCCUGAAAAUGAAGAUGCUGUUGCUGAUAGUGAUGAUGAAGUUGAUUAUUCGAAAAUGGAUAUGGGUAACAAAAAGGGUCCAAUAGGACGUUGGGACUUUGAUACCCCUGAAGAAUACAGUGAAUAUAUGAGCAAUAAAGAAGCUCUGCCCAAAGCUGCCUUUCAGUAUGGUGUUAAAAUGGCUGAUGGCAGGAAAACAAGACGAACUGGUACUGGUAAACGGGAUGAAAAAACCAAAUUGGACAGAGAACUUCAGAAAAUUAACCAGAUUAUUGCUCGUCGCAAAGAUAUGGAUUCAUAUACCAGUGGAGUGGGGACGCCUGAAUACAAAAGACCUCGAUACUAAACUCUUUAUAUUAUUGCAUUUCAGAUGUAAUCAUUUAUUCUAAUGUAAUCAUAAUGUAUUCUUUUGUAAAUAGAAAUAAAUGUAUUUGCUAAUA